AUGUUAUGGGACCCGGAUAAUGACGAGAUGUCGUUUGUACAGCGCACGAUAGUAAACUCUAAGAGAACAACCAAACGUUCUAUUCUCAAACAGACUUCAAAAUUAUAUGACCCCCUGGGAUUGCUUAGCCCAGUAACUGUACGCGCCAAAUUACUAGUUCAAGACCUAUGGAAGAAGAAAUUUGAUUGGGACACACCACUUCCGGUUGAUAUCAUUAACACCUGGGCUGAUUUGAGCAUCGACCUGAACAGUGUAAUUCAAACCAAGUUCCAGAGACCAUAUUUUCCCACCACUGAAAAUACAGCAAAUUCCGCCGAUUUUAAUUUACACGUGUUUGUUGAUGCAAGUGCACGUGCUUAUGGAGCUGUAGCGUAUCUUACUUCCGGUCAUACAUCUACCCUUGUAUUUGCAAAGAAUAGAGUCGCACCUGUCAAAGAGAUAACUUUACCCAGACUAGAACUGAUGGCAGCACUCAUCGGUGCACGUGUAACCCACCACGUGUCAAAUGCAUUCACGUGCAAGAAAAUCACAUGUUGGUCCGACAGUCAAAUAGUGUUAAGUUGGCUGAAAUCUACAAAAACACUUAAACGCUUCAUUUUGAACAGAGUCGAAGAAAUCAAGAAACUUACCCCCGAUAUUGAAUGGCGAUAUUGUCCAACAGAUCAAAAUCCCGCUGAUUUACAAACCAGAGGUUUAACUGCGACCCAGUUACAAUCAAGCACAUUAUGGAAAAAUGGACCUACUUGGUUAAUUCACAACAAUAAAUGGCCUACUUUGGAACAAACUAGGGCAAUCACUUUCACUACGUUGACGGAACAAAAUUCAGAGGAAGAAAUUGUAUCUGACAAGAGAGGUAACUCUGGUUUACGUCAAAUUCUAGAGUUAAACAGAUAUAGCAGCUUUCACAAGUUAUUACGUGUUACGGCAUACGUUAUACGUUUCAUUAAAAACUGCAGAGUGACGUAUAAUUAUCGCCAAAGUGGUCCAUUAUCUACAGAAGAGCUGAGAUUAGCAGAAGGAAAACUGAUUGAAACUUGCCAACAACAAUAUUUCCCAGACGUAAUUCAAGAUCUUAAAUCCCAGAAAAAACGCAGUCCAAUAAUUCGACAGCUAAGACUUUAUUUAGACAAGGACGGUUGUAUUCGUUGUGGCGGAAGAAUACAUAACGCACAGUUGCCAGAGACAACAAGAUUCCCGUUCCUUAUGUCCCCAAAGAGUCAUGUCACCAGACUGAUAAUAGAAGACGCUCAUUACAAUCAGUUACAUGCAGGUGUCGCCCAUACUGUUACCCAUCUACGCCAGAAAUACUGGAUACCAUCAAUCAGACAGCACGUGAAAAGUGUUCUCCGAAGAUGUGUCAUUUGUAGAAAAGUUACAGGAAGACCCUAUACCGCCCCAGACCCCCACCACUUCCGGUUUCCAGAGUAA